AUGGAGCAAUACACCCGCUCCCAGAGCUUGGGACGUCUUGGUCCUUCUCUGUCACCCCCGGUGGACUCCCACGCCGCGGCUGCAUCAGGCUGGUACAAUCUGACGGCUUGGGCGGUCAACGUGACGCGUUAUGCGCCAUUCCUCGAGGACCUCAUGCGAGCCGGUCCGCGUGUGUUCACCAAGCUAGGUUCGUACAUCAACUUGGCCGAACCACUUGAACCAUCGAGCCACGAACACCCGUCGACAUCGGCGCCCAUGGAUAUACUGUCUUCCAGCUCGGGCGGCCCGAACAUCUAUACGCUUCUGGACAACGCAGGAACCGUUUCGCCGUCGGACCCUGCCUCAGGCGAUCCUCUCGCGCACGUCACGCGCUUGUCCCUCGAUGGGGCGCGCGGUCUCGGAAGCGUCUUCAGUUACGCAACCAGCAAAUGGGCCAUAUCGUGUAUUGCAAUGGCCAUCGUCCUUAACCGGACCCACAUCUUUGCGGCUACGAGACGGAGGCUGCGUCUGCAAUGGCAUAUCCGGUUCUUGAUCCGCAUCGCCCCAAUUGCGCUCCUUGCUACCCAAGUCUAUCGUCUUGUUCAGUCUGUUCAAUGCCAGACAUCUGCAGAAUUUGGCAUGCUGCGAUGGGGGAAUCCCCAAAGAAGCUCCGAGCUCAUGUUUGCGCACCCCAACCGGUUCCUCAAUUCACUCGCCUCCGCCCUCCUCUUUGGAGCUACGGACGAGCAAUCUUGUGUGGCUGUUGGUAUGACAUUCGGCCCCGAUUCAGAAGACAACCAACCAUUGCGCGGAUCCCUAUCCCGGCUUUGGCCCCUUUUCGGCACGUUCUGCCUGAGUCACUUCCUGGAAACCGUCUCUUGUGCUGUACAAGGCCGCCCUCUUGCCGCAGAAACGGGCAUGACGUUGUUUGAGCAGUCACUAGCUUUUGCUGAAGCGGACGCAGCAGUCAGCAAUCAGCUGGGCUGGGGCUCCUUCUCUAAGCCUCCCCAAGGCCCUGGCCGUAGCUCUUCGCCCACCGGCAGUGUCAUUGCCUUGACGCGCGCCAUGAUCCUACGGCGGGUCAAUACGGCCCCAGAGGUUCUCCUGGUAGCGAUACUAUCUGCCAUGACUCACAUUACCAGCCACUUACUUGGCGUGUUCGAUCGGCAGGCCAAAUAUCGCCUCGUCAACACGGGAUUUUGGGGCUUGUGCUUCAUGGCUAGCAUCGUGUGGAGCGCGUGGUCCUUCGAGCUGGGCAACCCGUCUGCUCAGGGCUUGUUGAGGUUUCCAACAGUAUGCAUCAUCGGAUUCGUCCCGCAUGUUUUGGUGUUGCUUGGAAUCGCGACAUGCGUCUGCAUCUACGGCCUGGCGUUGCUAUUGUCAGCCCUGUCUCCGCCGACCGAACGCCAGAGCCCUCCCUUGACCCUGCGGCAGAGACUGGCGCACGCGCAUCACAACAUGCAGGCGAAUGUCUCGUUCUCCGACAUUCGAAUCACGAGAGAGAUGGAUUUUUAUACGGCAUUGUUGCGGACCGGCUUUGCGGCCAUUACUAUGGCCAGCGAAGCGGUCUAUCUAAACGAGGACAGGGGUGUGAGCUUGCAACGACAUACUUGGCUGGAAGAGGCCCGAUUUCGCGAGGUAGAAGAGCUACAGAGACAGUGCAUAGGCAUGGGCUUACCCAGCUCGCACCAUGAUCAGAUCGGCACAGUCGGAUUGAUACCCGUCAAGAGCGGCUCAGUGCUAGCCUCAAACGGCUACGCUCGGGAACGUGCAGCGCAAAAGCUUCCCAAGGGGCGCGGUGAGCGCGGGCUGCGAGUGGGAGCUGGGGCUACAGAGAGAAGCUCUCGCUGGCUUAUGGCGGUCGAGUUUCUACUGAGCAUUGGCAAGCUUGUUGCGAGAGUUGGUGCCCUGUCCGUUCUUUGGACCCUGAGCGUACUGCGCAUACGGGCGCAGCCAGCCUGGCUGCUCUGGCUAGCUCGCCGCCCCAAAACCUCUUACGAACACGCCAACUCGUCUGAUGGGGAGCAGGGAGAGGGAGGCCCACGGCUCCAUUCACAUCAAGGCCCGGAGGGUUUGAUGGCCGGGAAUGACGGCUUAGACGUGGAGGCGGAGUUUCGUCGGGUCGGCCGCUUCGAGGACGAAGAAGCUCUCGAUGGAGACUUGUAUCAGUACUGGGUGAAGGGCGGAUGGUGGGGAUCCCGUGACGCAAGCGGCGACUUUGAACCAGACUCUAACAACGAUGACUGGGAUGCUACCAGUGUGGUUACUGCGACCAGCGCAGGCGGCGAGUUGGGCGACCUUGCCUCCGAAUGGGAAGAAGACGACGACGGGCAGAAGACGCCUACCAGACGCUCGCCUCGGCCGUCUUCCGAGGAAGCCCUAGUUGUCGACAGCCCUUUGGCUAUGGGCGAUCUGGCCCGACUGCUGCACCCGACCACGCACGAGGCGCGGGACGAGGCUCUGACACUUGCAGCUCAUCUGCAGAGCAACACCAUCAUGACGCGGGCUGCAUUCCGUCGCUCCGAACAAUAA